AUGACGCUCUGCCCACACCUUUUUAGAAGGCUGUCGCCACGCUGGCCCUGCCUCUUCCCCAAGUCCCCUGCCACCCCUCAAAAGUCUUCCAGAACAGCACUCUUCAACGUCUUUCCCAAGAAUGAACCGCACCGCAAGGUCGAUCUCGAGACCCAAGAACGCUGGGCCCGGCCUCUUGUCCCUGCAUACCAUACUGCUCGCGGGCAUGGGCAAGCCAUCCUUGAUGCGUUUCUCAACGGUCUUUUUAUUGCGUAUCAUGGUCGUUUUGGUUGCUCACUCGGUGCGCCGGUCAAUUGCAGGGAUGCAGCAUCCAUCAAAAAAUGGAAGCAGCGAUCGAUAGACGCUCUCGCUAGGUUGAUGUUCACUGUCUACCGCUGCGACAGCCUCACGUUUGCCCAAUCUGCGCCAUCAGAGAACAAGAUGCCGAAUGUACAGACACCCAAGAUUGACCUCGAAUCUUCCACCCAGGACCUCCACAAACUAUUGGCAGAUUUUCCUCCCUCAUCGCCUCCAAGCGCGCCGGAGGACACUCCAUUGUCCAGCUCCAGUCCAUUGAAGAUGUCUUGCGACUCAUCGAUACCUCCGACUCUUACAUCAAGCAGUGAUACCACAACGUCAGACAAUGAACCGGGAACUCCGGAGCUCCCAACGUUGCAGGAGCUUUUGGGCCAGAGAAAGGCGAGCCCCAUUCUAAUGUCUUUUACAGUUAGGAAGUACCCCGACAAUGCCUUCCAGCUUUCCAUUGAAGGAUCACUUGGAAAACAUAAGUGCGGCCGUAAAAAGCUCAUUCAGCAGGGCGGUGAAGAGUUAAGCGAACCAUCGAAGAGCCUAAAGAACAGGCUGCACAUACUCAAUGUGGCGGCAUCAGCGAGACGUCAGCUGUACACGAAAAUGGUAUAUGCAUACGGCCCGGAUCCUGGACAUUUCCCCUGCCGAUUCCUUGUUUUAUCUUAA